AUGGAUUCCAAUCCAUACCGGCAGAGUACUAACUAUGUUGAUCUCCUUACGAGUCAACAUGGUGUCUUUAGUUCUCCAUCGCAAGUCCCUGUCUUUGGGACUCAAAGAGCUGAAGCUUCAAGUUGCCCUCAAGAUACUACUGCAGAGCGUAGGGAACGCAUGAUGUGGACGCCUGUAGAAGAUAUGGUGCUCAUCAGCUCCUGGCUUAACACAAGCAAGGAUCCAGUAGUGGGAAAUGAACAACGGUCUGGGGCAUUCUGGAAUAGGAUCGCCGCUUACUUUGCGGCAAGUCCCAAGGUUGCAGCCACUGAACACCAAGAAUCAACUCAUUGCAAGCAGCGUUGGCACAAGAUCAAUGAUCAAUUCAACAAGUUCUGUGGGGCUUUUGAAGCAGCAACCAGAGAGAAGACAAGUGGGCAAAAUGAGAAUGAUAUUCUCAAUAGAGCUCAUGAAAUCUUCGUCAACAACCACCGAAAAAAUUUAUUCUUGAGCACGCUUGGAUGGAGCUUCGGAAUGAUCAAAAAUGGUGUGCCACUGCUACAUCUAAAAACGAAGGAAGCGCUAAAAGGAGGAAGUUAG